UUCUAAUGACCGGUAAUCGAAUUGCAAACGUGUCCGACGCGCGUCUUUAUAUUUCCAUCACACGUUGCCUUCUGGUGCUCUACAAAGGAUCGAAGCCGAGGGAGGGCCAUGAGAGAUCGUUAACUUUGCUAUGGAAGUUCAUCGGAGCUCUUCACUUCCAGAUAAGAGAGAAGAUCCUUCUGUGGGAGUCGAGAAAGAUGUUACAGAAUCAGUUUCAAGCUCACCAAAAGAUGUGCAGACUAACAGAGGUAGGGGAAAUAUCAUGAAGGGUGAACCUAGUCAACAGGUUGAUAUGGCUGGGGAAAUUAGCAUGGAGGCCUCGAUGUCGGCUGAUGAUGUUUUACGGGCUGGAGGGUUUGGUGCGAGGGAUGAUAUUGGUAGUUUUCUUCCUGUUGCUAGUGAUUCUACAGAUUUUGAGGCUACAAUUCUCAAUGCUCGAGACUAUGAAGGACCACAGGGGGAAAUUUCUAGACCAGGUCUUGGGUGGAAAGAAGCUACAAAAACUGAAUAGUUCUGCUUUGAGCAUUUUGUUUUUGUCCAACUUCAGUCAUUUGUAAGUAUGGCUUGUUUACUAGGUCUACAGGAUUAUGUUUUGUGACGUUAGGGAGAUGCAUUAGUUUGUUGUAUUUUGAAUCAAUAUAGAUCAGGACCCAUUGCAAUCCAAUCAUCAAGAUAGAUUUUGAGGAUGAAUCUUUCAAAAUUAUGCUUGGUAUGUCCUUUGGAAGCAAAGGUAAGCUAAUGUUUCUAUGAUGCAUUAGUCAUUGUGGUUUUAAAUCAUAAACCUCUCGAAGACAGAA